AUGGCGCCGAGUUUCGACCAUUUACCAGACCCAGAGGAGGAUGACUACGAUGAGGAUGAGGAACUGGACUUCUCCGACCUGCGCGAGCGAUACGAAGUCCAGCUUGAGCAAGGACUGGAUACUUUCGUGGUCAUCGACGGCUUGCCAGAAGUCACCGAGGAGACGAGACCGAAGUUGAUCAAGUUUCUGCUACGAAAGUUGAACGGUGUUGGCAAGGUCCGGGAGGAUUCAGUACACAUGCCAUUGGGCGAGGAUGGCAAAUCACACAGGUUUGCCUUCGUUGAAUACGCCACCCCUCUUGAAGCUGCCCUCGCAUGCAAGACACUCGAUGGCGUCUCCCUGGACAAGAAGCACAAGAUGGAGGUCAACAAGUUGACAGAUAUCGAGCGUUAUGGCCGAGAAGGACGCAUCGACGAGCAUUACACACCCCCAAAACUCGAAGAGUUCACCGAAAAGGAACACCUGAGGUCAUGGCUUGCAGAUCCCAGCGGCCGUGGUCGAGACCAAUUCGCUAUGUACAAGGACAACAACGUCUUAAUAGACUGGAACAACGAGAAGGACACCCCUGAAACAAUCGUCGAGCGUCCAAAUUGGACCGAGUCGUUUAUUCAAUGGUCACCACAAGGCACUUUUCUUACUUCCGUUCACGCUCAAGGUGUUCAACUCUGGGGCGGGCCAUCUUGGCUUCGACAAAAGCGAUUUGCGCAUCCUUUCGUCAACCUAGUCGAUUUCUCGCCUGGGGAGAAAUACCUCACCACCUGGUCCCAUCGUCCAAUCUCUAUUGGCGAAGAGGGCCACCCACAGCUGGCUGCUGAAGACGAUGGUAAGCACUUUGUCAUCUGGGAUAUUGAAACAGGCAAACCCCUCCGCUCUUUCCCGAACGCUGAAGUCCCAAGUGCUGGUAAUGACGAGGCUGGUAACCCCAUCAAAAGGAAGAUGCAGUGGCCAGCUUUCAAGUGGUCAGCCGAUGACAAGUAUGUUGCUCGGUUGACUCAAGGUCAAUCAAUCUCUGUCUACGAUCUACCUACCAUGUUACUUGUAGACAAAAAGGUCAUCAAGAUUGAGGGUGUUAUGGAGUUCGAAUGGGCUCCAGCAACCCCCCGGAGAGAUGGUGUAAAGACUUAUGAGCAACUGUUCUGUUACUGGACUCCUGAAAUUGGUAGCAAUCCUGCAAAGGUCGGCUUGAUGAGCAUCCCUUCAAAGGAAGUCGUCAGAACCUUGAACCUCUUCAGUGUCACUGAUGCUCGACUUCACUGGCAAUCAGAUGCAUCGUACCUGUGUGUCAAGGUCGAUCGUCACUCGAAAUCGAAGAAAUCGCUGGCCACCAGUCUCGAGAUCUUCCGUGUCAAGGAGAAGGGUGUACCCGUCGAAGUGGUUGAAGGUAUUAAAGACACUGUCGUCAAUUUUGCGUGGGAGCCAAAGGGUGACCGUUUCGUCAUCAUCACUACGGCUGAGGUUGCUGCGCCAUCUGCUGUUCCCCCAAAGACAUCAGUUGCAUUCUACUGCCCCGAGAAAGUUAAGGGUGCUGGUGUAGGCAACUUCAAGCACAUCAGAACUUACGAUAAAAAGAACAGCAAUGCCAUCUACUGGUCACCCAAAGGCCGAUUCGUUGUUGUAGCCACCGUUUCUUCUCAGCAAAGCUUCGAGUUGGAGUUUUAUGACAUGGACUUUGAGGGCGAGAAGCCAGAAAGCGACAAGGACUUGACUGCCAACUUGCAACUCAUGAACACUGCUGAGCAUUACGGUGUUACCGACAUUGAGUGGGACCCUACCGGACGAUUCGUCGCUACCUCAAGUAGUGUGUGGAAAGUUCCCAUGGAAAACGGUUUCCACAUGUACGACUUCAAGGGUGAACAACUGCGCGAAGAGCCCGUCGAGAAGAUUAAGCAAUUCCUCUGGCGCCCACGUCCACCAACUAUGCUCACCAAGGAAGAGCAAAAGCUAGUCCGCAAGAACCUCCGCGAAUACAGCAAAGUCUUCGAGCAAGAAGAUGCCGACCGCGGCGCUUCCGCUGAUCUCGCUGUCGUUGAGCACAGGAGACGCUUGCUGGAGGAGUGGAUGGCGUGGAGACAUUCUGUUGAGCAAGAUCUCGAGGAUGAGCGUGAAGCCUUGGGCUUGCCGGCGGAUCCUGUUGAGCACCUGAUCAAGAAGACUGAUGAGAGCGAAGACCAGGUUAUUGAGGAGAUUGUGGAGGAGAUUGUUGAGGAGACCGAGGAGAUUGUGGGAUAA